UAAAAAAAAAAAAACCCUUUUUCUCUCUCUCUCUCUGUCUCAUCUCCUCACAGUCAAAUAAAGAAAUAAAGGCACCAAUGAAAAUGACUUGUAAUUACCGUUUCUUUUCUCUCUCUCCUUCUCUCCUUCACUCACUCUGUGUGAUCCUGCUCAGAAGUAACCUCGUCUUCACAUCUUACUCUCGGUAUCUGACACUUGAUUCAAUCUGCAGUUUGUGCUUGAUCUGAUAUGGGUUUUUGUUUUUCACAUUUGGGUUAACUUCACCAUGUUCACUCGCUCUACUCAAUUGAGGAAUUGAUUAGGGUUUUUUACUUUACAAUUCUUGCUUUGCCUCAAUUUCGCAACUGAGUUCUUCAUUUGGGUAUGGUUUAAAGUUAGGGUUUGCUCAGAUUUCUGUAUUUGGCUGAGAUUGGGAGAGUUAAGUUGUUGAAUUUUUUGAAGUGGGCUGCUCAUGGUGAAAGAUGUAAAAGUUUUCAUAUUGUUGUCAGAAUUUGUUUAGAUUCUUUGUUCAACUCUUGAUGUUAGUAUAUAGGUAAGAAUUUUUGGCUCAUAAGGUUUCUGGCUUUGGCCUAAAUUAUUGAGUUAUUAAACUCCAUAAGCAGGCAUGUUGACUAAAGAGGAUGACUCGGGUAAUCCUCAGCCUUCUUGCCAGCUACCUGGCUCCAGGAAGAUGUUCUGGCGAUCGGCCUCAUGGUCUGCCUCUCGUACGUCACCUCAGAACUCUGAAACUGAAGAGAAAGAUUUUGCUGAUCCAAAUUGUGGCAAUGGUGGAAACAAUAAUCAAAUUCGCAGGUUUCCUGCCCCAUUAACUCCGCGUUCCCAACAGAAUUCUAAGGCUCGGUCUUGUUUGCCACCUUUGCAACCAUUAUCUAUUGCGCGCCGGAGCCUAGAUGAGUGGCCCAAGGCAAGUUCUGAUGAUCUUGGUGAGUGGCCACAGCCUCCAACUCCAAGUGGAAACAAAAAUGGUGAAAGAUUGAAGCUGGAUUUAUCAUCAAUUCAGCGAAACACAGAGAAGAAUGCUGGGCUCGUGAAAAGGGAUAAGAUUGCGUUCUUUGAUAAAGAGUGCUCUAAAGUGGCAGAACAUAUAUAUCUUGGUGGAGAUGCUGUUGCAAGAGAUAGGAAUAUAUUGAAACAGAAUGGGAUUACUCAUAUUUUGAACUGUGUGGGUUUUGUUUGUCCUGAGUAUUUCAGAGCAGAUUUUGUUUACAGAACCUUGUGGUUGCAGGAUAGUCCGUCAGAGGAUAUUACUAGCAUUUUAUAUGAUGUUUUUGAUUAUUUUGAAGAUGUGAGGGAAAAAAGUGGAAGGGUUUUUGUUCAUUGCUGUCAAGGGGUAUCCCGGUCCACAUCAUUGGUUAUUGCAUAUCUUAUGUGGAGAGAGGGACAGAGUUUUGAUGAUGCUUUUCAAUAUGUGAAGGCAGCAAGGGGCAUUGCUGACCCAAACAUGGGUUUUGCAUGCCAGCUGUUACAGUGCCAAAAGAGGGUUCAUGCCUUCCCUCUUAGUCCCAGUUCAUUGUUGAGGAUGUAUAGGAUUGCCCCGCACUCUCCGUAUGAUCCAUUACAUUUAGUCCCAAAAAUGUUGAAUGAUCCUUCACCAAUGGCUCUUGAUUCUAGAGGUGCAUUUAUUGUUCAUUUACCCUCAGCUAUAUAUAUAUGGGUUGGUAAGAACUGUGAGACUAUCAUGGAAAGGGAUGCAAGGGGAGCUGUUUGUCAAAUUAUUCGAUAUGAGAGAGCGCAAGGGCCAAUAAUAAUAAUAAAAGAAGGGGAGGAACCAGGUUAUUUUUGGACUGCCUUUGCAAACUUCUUACCUUUGAUGGAUAAAUCUAGAAACGAAGUGGAGAUUGGGGAAUCAACUAUUAAGAUAUGUCCUGGUGGGAGAAAAGUAGAUUCCUAUGAUGUUGAUUAUGAGAUCUUUCAGAAAGCCAUCAUGGGAGGUUUUGUCCCUCCAUUUGCAUCAUCAGAAAAUGAACAUGAAACUCACCUUCCUGCCAGAGAAAGCAGUUGGAGUGCACUUAGGCGUAAGUUUGCCCCAGGUGAUAUGAAGGAAUUUGUCUCAGUGCCUAAGCUAGUCCUAUCUCGAGUUUAUUCAGAUUCAAUGAUGUUACUACGUACGUCAUCGCCGUUAUCAUCAACAUCGUCAUUGUCAUCAACAUCUUCUUCACCCCCAUUUCUCUCUCCUGAUUCAGUGUCGUCUGAUUCAAGUACCAGCUCAAAGUCUUUCUCAGAGUCAUCCAUGGAUUCUCCUUCAGCAGUGUCGUGCUCUCUUCCAGUGGUUUCGACUUUGUCUAACUUUUCAAACCUGUCCCUUACAUCUGAAACUUCAUCUCAAGACAUUAGCCAUUUGCUGCCAUCUACUCAGUCGUCUUUAUCAACUGUUAAACAUGUUUCACUUUCCCUUGCUGAACGUAGAGGUAGCUUGUCAAAGUCUCUGAAGUUGCCGGUGACGACUGGUAAUGUAAGGGUAAACAGCACUCCAACUAUUUUGACUGAUCAAGGGGAUGCUGUUAAGAUAAGCAACAAUAGUUACACAUUAUGUAAACCAGAUGGUAUAGAAAUUGUAUUUGAGGGCAAGGAUGCUAGUAGAAACAGAUCAGAAGAACUAACUCACAUGUGCCAGGUGAAGAUACCUCCAGGUAGAGUAACUUGUGCUGACUCAAGUUUCAAGGAAUUCACAUCUGUUAAUAAUUUUGCGGAAUCAUGGAGAAAUCUUACUUUUGGGGAAGGUAUUAACUCCAGUAUCCCAAGUGGUUUGGAAAAAAGCGUAGCAGCUAAUUGUAAUCAAAUGCAACCUCUAGUGUGUCGCUGGCCUACUUUUGAAAAGGUUCUAAAAUUUGGUUCAAGCGAUCUAAACUCAAAAUCUGCUUUUGCAAUUUUUCCACCGAGUACAGAUUUAGGGAAAAGUGCUCAAAAUCUGUAUGUAUGGGUUGGAAGAUCUCUCUGUCAUGAUAAAGGUCAGAUUCAGUUAGAUAACAGCAGAGAGUCAAGGGAUCUAGGAGACAUUGACUGGAGUCGGUUUGGUUAUGACAUUCUAAUUCAGAUGGGUCUGCCAAAGGACACCCCAAUCAAGGUUAUUAAAGAAAAUGAAGAGCCAGCUGAAUUUGUUGCAUGGUUGAGUACGUUGUAGCACUAGUGAGGGCCAGAAUAGAAUUGUCAAUGUAAUAACACAUCACUUAAAAAUUUUUUCAGCUGGUUUAGUCCACUACAUCAUCCAACAUCAGAACAAACUCUGGCAAAACCAGUGAGGAUGCUGCUUUCAAGUCUGGCUAUUUACCUGGUUGUACAGUGAUGCAACAUCUUGGUAACCUGAAUCAUUUGUUCCCCAGACUGAACGUUUCUUGUAUAUUCAUUGUUACUAGAAACAGAUUCUGACUCCUUUAUUUAGGUAGAAUAGAACAUUUAAAUUUCUGUAGUCUCUUUGUUUCUUCUGUCUUCCCUUUAUAUUGCUUAGGUUUUGUUUUAAAUUUAAUUCUUGAAGGUGUGCAUCAGAAUCCCCCUACUGAAACACUCAUCUUCAAUUUACCUCUGUAUGUUACAGUAAGGCUACUAAAUAAUCACUUGUUAUUCAUGAACAUUAGUUUUUAGAGAAAAAGCUAUAUGCAUAGCUUUUAUCGGGAAGGAAAAUGAUAAAAUUCUGGUGUGUCAUUUCUGGAA